ACUGGAAGAAGCCGGGUCCUGGCGCCCUCUCCUCCCGCCGCCUGCUUCUCGCCUCGCCAUGGUUCGUCUGCCUCUGCAGUGUCUCCUCUGGGGCUGCUUUUUGACCGCCGUCCACCCAGAACCACCCACUGUCUGCGAAGAAAACCAGUACCUUAUAAAUAGUCGGUGUUGUAGUAUGUGCCCGCCAGGACAGAAACUGGUGAACGACUGCAGAGAGCUCACCGAAACAGAAUGCAUUCCCUGCAGUAAAGACGAAUUCCUAGCCACUUGGAACCGAGAGAAAUACUGUCACCAGCACAGAUACUGCAACCCCAACCUAGGGCUCCGGAUCCAGACAGAGGGCACCUUGAAUACAGAUACCACUUGCAUAUGUGUUGAAGGCCAACACUGUACCAGUCACACCUGCGAAAGUUGCACCCCUCACAGCUUGUGUCUUCCUGGCUUUGGGGUCAAGCAGAUCGCUACAGGGGUUUCUGACACCAUCUGUGAACCCUGCCCAGUCGGCUUCUUCUCCAAUGUGUCAUCUGCUUUCGAAAAGUGUUACCCUUGGACAAGCUGUGAGAGCAAAGGCCUGGUGGAACAACACGCAGGGACUAACAAGACAGAUGUCGUCUGUGGUUUCCGGAAUCGGAUGAGAGCCCUGGUGGUGGUCCCCGUCACGAUGGUGAUCCUGUUCACUGUCCUGUUCAUAUCUGCCUGUAUCAGGAGGAUGGCCAAGAAGCAGGAGACUAAGGCCCCGCACCCUAAGACUGAAAGGCAGGAUCCUGUGGAGACAAUUGAUCCGGAGGAUUUUCUCGGCCCCCACCCCACCCCUCCAGUGCAGGAGACCUUACACUGGUGUCAGCCGGUGGCCCAGGAGGAUGGCAAAGAGAGCCGCAUCUCCGUGCAGGAGAGAGAGUGAGGCUGUGUGUGCCCCGGAGCGUGGCGGCACUGGCACGUAGUCGGAGAGCCUGGGGCUGCUGCGGGUGAGGGUGACAGGCCCCCUCUACCUGCACCCCUGCAGUCCAGAAACAGUGCACCUCGGGGCCCCUUUCACCCCAGCCCCGGGGCCCAUUCCGUCUUCCAACCUGCUUUUAAAGAUGGUAACAAAACGUGGGGGAGGCCACACAACGAUAUCCACCAAACCUUCCAACCCAGGGGUUCCGUGCCGACAGAUGUAACGCGGUGGCUUCUACGAGCCCAGGAGGCAUGUACACGGGUAUGCAUUGCAGCAUUGUUUGUGGCAGUGAGCAGCUGGAAAUUGCUUAACUGUCCAUCCACAGGGGACUGGCUAAAUAAAAUUGUAAUAUAUUUAUGCAACAGGAUCUUGAAAACACUGUCAUGGGGGAUAAAACAAAAGCAGGUUGCAGAAUGGUGG